CUAACUUUACCUCCACCCUGGAGGUUGAUAGUGGAUGAUGAUGUUGACAAUGGAACUGAUAUCAUAUGCCAAGUAUUUCGAAACCAAGAUCACAUGCUUAUCUACAAAACAAGCCCUCCAUCUCCUCCAUCCUCGAUAGUUGUGAAGUAUGAGGAUGGCAUAUACAACUUCUCCAUCAUCAUCUCCUGGGAGUCACGGGGAAGAUGAAGUGGUUGAUGAGUACAGAAUACUGACCAACACCACUACACAGUCCAUCACCACUACCAAUACAACUGUAGUUCU